AUGGGUGGAAGGGAAGUGCCAGGAACAUGGUCAGAGGCUUUAGAAAUACUUCGAAACAACUAUGCGAAUUCGCUUGUCAUCCAAGCCUUGGCAGAUGCCUUGCAUUACAAGCUUGUUAUUAUAACAGUACAUGGGGUAAACUACUUGAAUUUUCUACUUUACCUAAGUAAUGUAUGCCUAAAUAAUAAAGUCGAAGCUGUGGUAAACGGCAACCUUGAAAUUGGCAGAAGUGGUCGUAUCUAUAGCCAGUAGUUUUCAAGCCUAAACCUCCGUUCCGCACUGAAUUCGCCAAUAAAUACAGGAUGCCCGAUUUAAUACCAGAUUCUACGUAGGUUACGCCGAAGAUCUUCGGCGUGGAUUUCAAACUUGCGCCGCGUACUGGCGUACAGCGGCACCUUUGAGCUGGCAAAGUUUGCCAGCUCAAAGGAACAACUGGCCCCAGAUGACUUAUUUUAGGUAAGAAUUAUAGAGGACUUUGGCGUAGACAAAAUUUGGCGUAUCUUCGGGGUGGCGUGCACACGGGAAUGCACCCUGGCCGCAUACGGUUCAGAGCAAAUGGUUAAUUGGUACGCAAAUUGUUAUUAAUAGCACUGUAGUACGAACUAAAACAAACGCUUAUCCGAAAGGUGUGUUACUAUUUCUAGAGUAACAUUAUAAUUUUUUUAGUUAAUUUUGAAGUCAUUCCAAUUUCCUCUCUUCGGAUCUCUAUUGGCGGUUUUAAAAAUAUGAUGACGCUUCGCCGUCAGGUAUAUUUCAGUAUUAAUUUUAAAUCUUACGCCCCGCAGGAUGAGAACUUCGUAAAAACCAUCGAGCCAAAAGAAGGCACCGCAGGAAAUACUCUUUUCUUUGGACACACUGGGAACCACUAUAUUGCCCUUCGACCCAAGGAAAAGGUAAUAAGUCCUUCACAUGUAAUAAUGUAAUGCAUUUUCUAACAAGUCAGGGCUCACAUACGUGAAUUAUUGUUAUCUUUAUGCAGGGAGUGUGUCAUUAUGCUGAAGUGUUAAAAAGAAACUUGGUCGAUAAGCAGCCACAUGUCCAGGAAGCUUCACAAAAGGAGCCAGUCAAAUCAAAAUCGAGCUAUCCGUUGCAGCAUACCAAAAACGAACGUAAAAACAAGGUAUCAUAUAAUCUUAACAUGUCAAUUAACAUACGCUCCCUCAAGAAAAAAAUAAUGGCAACGUUGAAAAAAAUACCAUAUUGACCAUUUGACCAUUGAGUGCGGACAAGUGAAGAUAACACGCGCGGGACUGGGGAACAGGUCACUCUUUCUUCUCGCAUCCCCGCACGUUUUAUAUUUGCUGGCCCCGACUUUUUUCGCUCGCCCCACUGACAGGCUAAAGAGUAUUCGAUCGUUGUUAGGAAAUGCCAACGAUUUACAAUAUGAAUUUGGUUUCGUAGUUGAUGAAUGUUCUGAGCUUGUGCAUUCUAUAAAAUCGCUAUGUUUUCGACAAAAAUAGUUUUUGCAUCGCUGCUCCCUUAUGAAAUCUAAUUUACCGCUCUAUAGCCACCCUGAGUGAUGUAAUUUUAUUUGUUGAAUAGGAUGAGCUGAUUGUGGUGAGCGAUGGUGAUGAAUCUUGUUCUGAGACCUCGAGUUGUAACGAUGAUACUUCUUCUGAACGAUUCUGUGCAACGGUUAGUACCUACCUAUGUAUUCAAAAGGGGCUACGUCAAGAUGUUUAGUUUAUUCUGAUAUACGUUUUUAUAUAAUUUUCAUGUAGUUAAUGCUAGAUGUUAAUGUUUUGAAUGCCUUUUUUUCUUAGAAAAAUCGACGUAAGAUAAAAGGCCCAUCCAAUUUCGAGUCAUGGGAAGAAGAGAGUUAUUCUCCCGGCAUACCUGUCCUGCCCUUAGGUUGCUUUCCUUACAGAUUUGAAAAGGUAAGUUGCCGCUUCGCAAUAUUUUUCUCUGCACUCGGCCCAUAAUGUUUCGUAUCAUUGCUGGAAUUAACAGUAAGUUUAAAUAAAAUACUAAAUAAAAUAUCGCAAUUUGAUAGGAUAUUGCACACACCAAAAUCUCUUGAUUUACACGACGCUCUCUUUCUCGGCAGAAUGAUGGCUGCUCCAGUAAAAAGGAAAAUACUACAACUAGCGUAUCGACCAUAGACUUAACAAAGGAUUCUCCAGUAAAAAGGUAAAAUCCUUUUUCCAUCAACUAAGGCAUAACGGCAUACAAUUCAGAUAUAAUGAGACACUCCUGAAGGUAUAUGGAAACCUUAUUUGCGGAUAACAUUAUUGUUUUUCUUUUUAAUUUUAGUGAAGGCAAAGUUAAAGCGGAUAUAGACAGUGACAGUGACGAAUUGCUUUCUAAAUCAGUCUUUUCACUUACAGAGUGAGUUAGAUUUGUAAAUCACAUCUCUUAAAGUAUAUAUAUAUAAAUAUAAAAUAUAUAUAAAUUAAAAUAAGUUGAUCUGCAGAACUGCUUUCAGAGUGCUCAAUAGUAAAACUAGAGCUGUUUAUAAUAGAAGACGGACUGAUCAACUGCCAAGUCAAAUCUACAGUUGAUCAGUCCGUCUUCUAUUAUGUAUAUAGUCCCCUUUAUAGUUUUUGGCUCUUGGUUUGAGAAAUUAAUUGAAUUCAGUACCUAAUAAAUCAUAAUCAUAGUUUUUUUUCUUCUUUUCUUUGCCUUCUGACAGGAAACUACCUGGAACUCGUAUCUCCGCUAUUAACCUUGACGAAAGUUCGUCUGAUCUUUCAGAUUCGACUUUUGUGCGAAAACGGUUAAGUUACAUGCGUUUUUUAAAAUGCUAAUCACGUAAUUUUCCACCGAGGGCAAUAUAUAUAACCUACGAUGAGGUGGUCUUGAAGCCAAAGUCGGCUGAGGGCGUGUGAUUCCCGCGCUCGGCUGACGUUUGCUUCGAAAAAAAGAGCGCCUGAACGCAUGUUAUAACUGAACAUACAUAUAGGAACCUGCAGUAUUUCUAAUAUGAGGUGUUGGUCAGUAGUCGAAACAUCUUCGAAUCAUUUUCGGAAAUCAUCGACAACUUGGGAAAUCAGUCAGUUUUAGGUGCAUACACUGCCAAAACAUGUAGCCAAAGCACAAUUAAUCGCAGAGAAACGCAGACGCGUUCUCUUCCCGCAGUAUUCGCGAGUUGGUUUUUCAAAGUAGUUGGAACAUGGGAACUCCAUAGACAUUAAUACCCGCUAAAAUGAUUUUUUAUUUACCAUGUCUGCGUAAUUGGACUGCACAAACCUUUCAUUAGUGUUGAAAACGAUUUCACCAUCUUAGGAAAAUGUUGCAGUUAUCAGAUAACUUUAAAAUAAACAUAUCUAUUUUUGUGCCUUAGACUUAUUACGAGGGAACGAACAUCGAAAGAGAGUAGCUCAGAGGAUGAUGAUUCCGUCAACGAUAACGUCCCUAAGCGUUUGAACGAAACUUCACUGCCACCUCACUCUGAGCACAAAAAAAGGUAACCUUUCCAACCUUAAUAUCAGAUAUAAAGGCAAUAAUAACAAGUGUUAUAGUCUUGUUCAGAAUUUAUUUUUAACAUUUUUUUAAGUACUUUGCAUGAUCGAAAAAUACAAAUACUGAAUAUCGACAAAAAUCGUCUUCAUCAUACUAAUGUUAAAAUCACGUAUCUAAUGAAAAGUACCUAGCUAAAGUUUAGUUUGUAGUAUCGCUGUAUUUUUAAUUUCUUGUCGUUUGAUCACUACAGAAAGAGACUCAAGCUGGAUCCAUCUUUAUGGUUUGGAGUUGAUGUUGAAGUGGUUAACGAGUUACCCUAUGAUAUAGAUGGUUCGAAGGUUUUCCAAGUUCGGUUUCACAAAGAUGGGCGUAACAUACACGAUGGUCGUCCCUGGAAACCGUGGGUCACCUCAAGUCGAAAGGGGUUCCGUGGAAAGAGAAAUGUUCAAUCUUGUAGGGGUUCUUACCUUUGCACGAACAAGAACUGUCCCUACAAAAACAAUUUGGAAGAGCAAACAGUGUCCAGUUCGUUAGAUCUGGAGGAAACGAACUUUGCAGAUCUUGCAACUUCAAAGGUGAAUACAUUUCUUGCUCAGCUAGGAAGGUCAGUGAAUAUCCAGAAGGUUCUAACAUUGCAACCAUUUACCAUAUUGGGAAUCACACUUGCACAGCUAUUCCUAAGCCCAAGCUACACGCAGACAGUGACAUUGAACAGUUUUUCAAAACACAUUCAAUGGUUAAGCCCUCUGCAGUUCCAACUGCCAAGCUAA